AUGGAGAAAGAAGGAGGACUGCUCGAAGCUGGGGUUGUGAACCAGCCACUGCCUUCAGAGGAGGAGAUGGAGGAAGCAUCAAGAAGAAGCGCUCUGGCAAUCUUGGAUCCUAAGGAAACUGCUCACGUAGAAUCCUAUGAGGGACCCUCCAGAGUUGCUUUGGAGGAAGUAGUGGUGGAGAAGCAGCCUGAAGUGGCUGAGGAGAAGAAGAAGAAGAAGAAGAAGAUCAAAGAGAAGAGGGCUGAAGGAGAUGAGCAAACCCAUCCAAUCAAGAAGAAAGAAAUGAGUGAAAGAAGGGAACGCAGGCGGGAGGAGAGGCGCCUGAAAAAGGAGGAAGAGAGGAGAAAGAGGGCUGAAAGCCCAGAACUGGACAGAGAAUCCACCUCCGUAAUGGGGGGAUAA